AUGGAAUCCGACGCCGAGGAGGAGGCGGCGGCGACCCCGGCGGCGGCGGGGGCACCAGGCGCUGGGCGGCUGAAGGGGAGCCCGGAGCUGACUGUGGACGCGGACAUGCGGGAGAUGGCGAAGACGGCCGCGUGGAGCGUCAGUUCCUGCAAGGCCGGCAACGGCGUCGCGGCACUGCGCGACGACAACCUCAACACCUACUGGCAGUCUGAUGGGGCGCAGCCGCACCUGGUGAACAUCCAGUUCCAGAAGAAGGUGCAGCUGCAGCUUGUUGUGCUCUACGUGGAUUUCAAGCUCGACGAGAGCUACACGCCGAGCAAGAUCUCCAUCCGGGCCGGGGAUGGCUUCCACAACCUCAAGGAGAUUAAAACUGUGGAGCUUGCAAAGCCAGUUGGGUGGGUGCAUAUAUCAUUAUCCGGGGCUGAUCCACGGGAAACAUUCAUUCACACAUUUAUGCUCCAAAUUGCGGUUUUAUCCAAUCAUCUGAACGGGAGGGAUACUCAUGUCCGACAGAUCAAGAUCUACGGACCAAGACCGAAUCCUGUUCCCGCCCAGCCAUUUCAUUUCACUUCCAGGGAGUUCAUCACAUACUCUACUAUUAGAUGA